AACCCAUGUUUUGUUUAAUCCUCGAGAACGUGCAAAUACCUUAAAGAACACGAUUCCAUGAACUCUUGCUCGAAUUUUCAGAUUCACAGAUUCAGAUUCAUCACUUCCAUGGCCAGAGACAAAAAUUCCAGCUUCUUCUCCAUGCUCAGUUUCAGAUCUCUCUGCCACCUUACUCUCCUCGUCUCUCUCCUCUCCUUCGUCUCCUUCCUCUACAGACACAACACCCUCUUCUGUUCCUGUCCUUACGACUGUCAUCAGAUCGCCGACACGUUCCGCCACAGCACCAUCGAUCUCCUUCACUUCUCUUCCGCAUGGAACCACCUCUCGUUUUCUCCGGCGAAUCCUCCGGGCAAGGUUCUGAAGAUCGCCGUCGUCGUGAAGAAAUGGCCUCAGAGAUCGCGUGCCGGUGGGCUCGAGAGGCACGCCCUCACGCUCCACCUGGCUCUUGCCAAACGCGGCCACGAGGUGCACGUUUUCACCGCUGCUCCUGCGUCUGCGACUGAGGAAUCCGCGUUUUCGAGCUUUCAUCAUCUGAAGACUCUUCGUUUUCACCUCUCCAAGCCCACCUCCGCUGGAUAUCUCGACCAAACUUCUGUCUGGGAACAGCUUCAGACGCAGAACGCGACCGGGAAACCAUUUGACGUGGUCCACACAGAGAGCGUGGGGCUUCUCCACACGAGGGCCAAGAACCUCCGGAACGUGGCCGCGUCUUGGCACGGGAUCGCCUACGAGACCUUCCACUCCGACAUCAUCCAGGAGCUCCUCCGCGACUCUGCCGCCGCCGGCGACGAGCCUCGUCCGCCGCCGUCUGCGGCUCUGACGGAGCGAGCCAAGCGAGUCGUGGACGAGGUCAAGUUCUUCCAACGCUACGCCCACCACGUGGCCACGAGCGAUCACUGCGGUGACGUCCUCAAGAGGAUCUACAUGAUCCCCGAAGAACGCGUCCACGUCAUCCUAAACGGCGUCGACGACGGCGUUUUCCGGCCCGACGUAUCCAAACGCAAGAUUUUCCGACAACGGUACGAUAUUCGCGACUCGGGUUCGGUCUUAGUCCUUGGAAUGGCCGGAAGGUUGGUGAGAGACAAAGGACACCCACUUAUGUUCGCCGCGCUGAAACGAGUGUUCGAAGAGAACGACUCAGUUCGUGAAAACGUCGUCGUUUUGGUGGCCGGAGACGGUCCGUGGGGAAACAGAUACAGAGAUCUUGGGCCGAACGUGAUCGUUCUUGGCCCACUGGAUCAAGAACGGCUCGCAGCGUUCUACAACGCGAUCGACGUGUUCGUGAAUCCGACAUUAAGAGCUCAAGGGCUCGACCACACUCUGUUAGAAGCCAUGAUUUCAGGAAAACCGGUCCUAGCGACGAGACUGGCGAGCAUUACAGGGUCAGUGGUUGUCGGACCGGAGUUUGGCUACACGUUUUCGCCGAACGUCGAAUCUCUGGCGGAGGCGAUUUCUCGGGUUUGGAGCGAUGGUAGGGAGGUUAUGGACAGGAAAGGGAUGGCGGCACGUGAACGUGCAUUGAAGCUAUUCACGGCGAGAAAGAUGACAGAUGCGUAUGAAAGAUUGUUUCUUUGCAUGUCUGAUAAGAGAUAUUGUACCAUUCAAGCCUCGGCUUAAGACAGAAAAUGUCCAUUGGAGCUAAAACUGGUCUGGUU